CUCUUUAUCUCCCUCCCUCCUCCCUCGCCACACCCUGCCUGCCUGUCGGUGCUGUGGGUGCGUGCGGGAAGGGAGGGAGGGACGGAGGGAGGGAAGGAGCAGGGCGGUGGAUUAGCGGCGCGGCCGAAGCGGGGCCCCGAGCUCACACAAAGCGGCGAGCACGCGGACAGCUCCGGUGCUGAAUUCGGCGUGACGGGAGGCGCGUGGCAAGCGAGCGAACAAGCGAGGGGAACGUUGCACUCCAGCCGUACUGACAUAUUGCGCAGAGGUAAUAAGUUGGUUGCUUCAAGUGACGACGACGACGAUGAUGAUGAUGUUGAUAAUAAUCCUACUUUUAAAAAAAUAAAAAGAAAACCCACCCCACGUGUGCGUCACUGGACGACACGGGGAAACGAGAAAACAUUCCGUGAGUGAUGCGUACAACUGUAUGGUGGAAUUAUGCGCGUUUAUUUCACGACUUAAUAGUGAUUUGCGAGGCGUGGCCCCCAGAGCGAGUGUGGAUUGGAAUACGAUCAUCAAUCUCGCCAGCCAGUGAGGCUCAGCAGCGUCGUUCUAUCUAAGCCGCCCGUCCGUCUUGGGAAUCGGCGCGGAAUAAAUUGCUGUAAAUAAAUUGCAGGCGCACGCGAACAAGAAGCCAGGUCAUUUAGGAUAGACGGAAGGCAUUUACUAUUAACUGUAUACACGCCCCGCCCGCUCAUACCCAAAUUUGACAUCUGCUCCACCCAUGCAGCUUAGGCUCAUUGUCCUCAUUGGCUGUUGCCUUGCUACCAUCUGUGACGGUGGUCAGACAAAGACAAGCAUUCUCAUAUAAGAGGUGAUGAGCACGAGAGAUGCUACUACACAGAAGGACUCGAGCCUCUGCUCCCCUCCCCACGCGUUGCUACAGCUUCACCUGCAUGCCCCCAAAGUGCUUGGGCUAAACCUGCAGAGUGUUGCAUACUGCGAAGCGAUUUUUUGGGGGGGGGAGGGGGGGGGUGCAAGGGUGCAGCAGUGCCUUAAUUUACCCUUAACGGUGCCUUGCACAAACCACGUCACCAAGAUGCCGAAAGGAUUUUUAGUGAAGAGGAGCAAGAGGGCCAGUGCCAUGUCUUACCGGCCCCGUGCCGGUGAAGACAAUAGCUUGAGCCCUGCAAUGUGGCUAUCCCCGCCAGACAGCACAUACCCGGUGAACCUGGGCACCACCUGCACGGCCGUGGCCCCUCUGCCCUCCAGCUAUCCACCGCCGUGCUCUUCCGCUUUCUCUGGCCGUGACCAGGAGCCAUCUGUGGGGUUUGGCAGCCCGGACUCUGGCUAUGCCUCUUACAGUCCCACCAGGGCCGUGAGCCGAGAGGACGCGGUGUUGGGUUCGCCAGCGUCGGCUGCGCCCUAUCCCGGCCAAAGCGUCUUUCCUAGCCUCGAGCAGAUGCUGCUGGCCGCGCCUUCGGCUCUGCAGCCAAGCAACGUGGAGCUGAAGCCGAGGUCGGGCCUCCCGAGCAGCUCGCCCACGGUGGGUGCCAAGCGGCCCUCGCCCGAACCCGCCGAGCGCAAAAGUAGCAAAGUGGCCGCAAAAAAGCCCAAGGCGGCGCGGAGGUUAAUCUUCGAGGACAACGUGACCAUCUCGCCCGUGCUGGGGCUGCGGAUCAAGGAGGAGCCCGUGGACGCGAAGCCCAGGUCCUCCCGGCCCAUGGGGGGAGGGUACGUGUGUCAGCUGUGCAAGGAGGAGUACGGGGACCCGUUCGCGCUGGCGCAGCACCGGUGCUCGCGCAUCGUUCGAGUCGAGUACCGCUGCCCCGAGUGCGACAAAGUGUUCAGCUGCCCGGCCAACCUGGCUUCCCAUCGGCGCUGGCACAAGCCGCGUCCCAGCCCAGCGAGCGCCACGCCAGGGGGGAAAGCGGACGCGGAGGUGCCGACUGCUGGGACCGCCGCCGCGGCCGCCGCCACCGCCGCUGUUGCUGCUGCUGCUGCUGCCGCCGGCGCCGCUCACAGCGACGUCUCAAGCGACCGGGAGAUGCCGAGCCGCGCCUCCACGCCCUCGGAAGCCGGCUCCGAGGACGGGCCCUACGAGUGCCCGCGCUGCAGCAAGAAGUUCCGGCGGCGCGCCUACCUGCGCAAGCACCUGCAGAGCGUGCACGAGGCGGCCGUGGUCGAGGCGGUCACCUCGUCGUUCCCUUGCCAGCUGUGCGACGAGGUGUUCUCGGUCCCCGAGGGCCGCGAGCAGCACCUGCUGGAGCACGGGUUGCCUCGGAGCGGCGGUGCCGGCGGCGGCGGUGGCGGCGGUGGCAUUGCCUCGGCGUUCACCGCGCAGGCGACCUACGUCUUGGACAGAGAUGGUGCGUCCGAGCAGCGGCUCGCCCUUCACCCACGGGACCUCUUCCCUUGCAAGUUCUGUCCCGCGACAUUCUACAGCUCCCCGGGACUCACGCGCCACAUCAACAAGUGCCACCCAUCUGAGAACCGCCAGGUGAUAUUGUUGCACAUGCCCCUGCAGCCGACUUGCUAGGCAAAUUAAAAAAAAAUGGAAAAUUCGUCGGAGCGCUUGUCACGUGCCUUGUCGAUUUCAGAGAGAGAGGGAAAAAAAACGUCGUAUAAAGCCUUCGUCGAGACUGAAUGUUCACAACGAGAAGAGUUGUUGGGGACACCGCUGACUGACCUCCGCUCAAUUAAACUCUCUCCUUGAAGCGCCGAAGGGUAAUGGGAGCAUUCACGGUACUUAACAAGGUUACUCAGCUUUUUUUCCCCCUCCCGUAGCGAUUAGGAUGCAGUUAUAGCACGAAGCUUUUGUAACACUGUCGCCUUAGCAUAUAGAAAAGCCAAAUGUAGGUUACGGGAGCUCUUCACGAUAUUACUUUUCGUGGCUUAUUAAUGUGUGUAAAUAUUUGGUGAGAACCGCGUUUUUUGCUAUUUAUAGGAGAGAAUAUUAAAUUAAGCGUAGUAACUGUAUUUUAUUAAAACAAAUAUUUUGUAAUGUACUUUUCUAUAGAUGUGCUUAAAUAUAAAGUAGAAUGUACUAUUUUUGCAGCUUCGUACAAGUAGAGAAAUAAAGUUUUAUCUAUCAUGUUUAGGACAUAUCGUGUGCAAAUCGUUGCAACUAGACACAGGCCCACGACUUUGUACGCCGAAUGGCUAUUUACUUAUUGCAAUUCACGAUUAGAGGCCCUAUUUUUAAAACGCAGUUUUGCUACUGUUUUUUGUGUACUAGAUAUUCUAGCCUUCCAAAGUGUACAUGAAAUGUCACCGCUUAAUUACGUAAGUAAUUGUACUCUUGUUUUACAAGUUUUAUUGCGGAAAGCAAUGUCUGUUUUUGAGACCCGUUUGUAUAGAUUUCGAUUCAAUAAAUUCCUGUCCUGUU